AUGGACUCCUGCAAAAUCGAUUUGACCUGUUCUUUUGGAUGUGCGAGACGCUUCACGACUCAAGAUGCGUAUGACCGUCAUAUCGGUAUUCAUAAUGAAGACGAGAACCUUUUGUUCACCAUUGAAGGCAAAACAUUUCCUUUGACGUCUGCUGUGGCAGGUUACAAAUGCCCAGGAACUGGCUGUACGUUUGUGGGAUAUGGUGGCCACCUCCAUGAUCACCUCGCUUCUUGCUUAAGGGAUGGAAAGCGGUCACGACGCGACUCCUCUGCUGACGCCAACACCCAGAAAAAACGAAUUCGAGGAGAAGGUGAACUUACGGAAUCAGAGACGCUCCCCAUCACCAAUCCAGACAUCACAAACUUUUCACCACUUUCGUCUCCCUCGCGCUUCUCUUUCUCCGUCCCUGAUCACUCCUUAUGGGCGGCGUCCUCCCAAAUUUCUUCUUCGCCACCAGACGAUCUUUCACACCAGUCCGCAUCCCUUCCCAUUCAUCAGGCAGCGAUACUCGCCAUCAUCACCUCUCGUGACGAGAACACCGAAUCAACCAUCCUCGACUUCACCGGCUCAGCGCUUAUACCGGUAAAAGGAUCAUGCGUUUACCACAGCGUAAUGAACGAAAAACUGAACAUUCAGCACAACCAACUCUACGGGGAGUGCUCCUCGGAUCUUAGGUCUGCCGGCAGUCACUUCAACGCAUUCCGACGUCACAUCAUAUACAGAAUAAGAGGUUGUUUCUUCUGUGGAACACCGCACUGGUCAUCAUUCCGCCAUGCUGGUGGAUUGAAGAAGUGCGAUGACCUCGCAUACGAAGACUGGCUCCGAGGUCUGGUAUACUUGAUAUGGAGGACGGAGGCUCUGAGAACGAUCGUGUUUCCAUGCCUCGGACUGGAUUCCAACGCGUUCCCAACGUCUUCUGCUUACCGGCAUUGGCUCGGACUUCGUGCUUGGCCGGAAACAACAUUAGUUUCCAAUAUGAUAUUAUUAAUAUGGGCCUAUAUGUGCCUCGACGACGAGGGACUCCUGCCUACCAGGAGAUUAACAAUGGAUGCGAUAGAACCGCCCCCUUAG